AGACAGAGAGACUGAGAGAAGUCGUACGAGUACUGAGAAAAAAAGCUCUGGUUUUUCAUCUGCAACUCCCUCUCUCUCUCAGAAUCCCUCCGUCGCCAUGGAUUUCCAGAUCCAUGGCGUCUGUCGUCUCAUCCUCACCGUCUGUCUUAUCUCCUUCGCAUCUCUCUCAUCGGCAUUGCCAUCAACAUCUCAGCCAUCCAAUUCCAGUGGCGCGAUCAACUCGAAUUCCGUCCUCGUGGCCCUCCUCGAUUCCCACUACACCAUCCUCUCGGAGCUCGUUGAGAAGGCUCUCCUCCUCCAAACCCUAGAAUCGGCCGUUGGGGCCCACAACAUCACGAUCUUCGCCCCUCGCAAUGAAGCUCUCGAUCGCGAUCUUGAUCCCGAGUUCAAGCGUUUCCUGCUCGAGCCACGCAAUCUCCGCUCCCUCCAAACGCUCCUCAUGUACCACGUCAUCCCCACCCGCAUCCCCGCCGAUGAAUGGCCGACAUCUGACGCCGAUCAUCGGACCCUCUCGAGCGACCCCAUCCGUCUGUUACCCAACCAGAAGAUCGAUCUCGCCAAUGUCAUCCAUCCAAACGCCAUCGUCCGACCUGAUGGAGUCAUCCAUGGGAUCGAACGGCUGCUGAUCCCCCGUUCUGUGCAGGAAGAUUUCAAUCGGCGGCGUAGCCUAACUUCGAUUUCAGCCGUCCUUCCCGAGGGCGCGCCGGAGGUCGAUCCCAGGACGAACAGAUUGAAGAAGCCGGCUCCGGUGCCGGCGGGUGCCCCACCUGUACUCCCGGUCUUCUACGCGAUGGCGCCGGGGCCUGAUCUCGCCCCCGCCCCUGCCCCUGGCCCGGGUGGGGCCCACCGAUGGUUCGAUGGAGAAAGCCAGGUGAAGGAUUUCAUCCAAACCCUCCUGCAUUACGGUGGAUACAACGAGAUGGCUGACAUCUUAGUCAAUCUCACCUCAUUAGCCACUGAGAUGGGCCGAUUGGUGUCGGAAGGGUACGUCCUGACCGUCCUUGCGCCGAACGAUGAAGCGAUGUCCCGCCUCACGACGGACCAGUUAUCGGAGCCAGGCGCGCCUGAGCAGAUCAUGUACUACCAUCUGGUCCCGGAGUAUCAGACGGAGGAGAGCAUGUACAAUGCGGUCAGAAGGUUCGGGAAGAUCAGCUACGACACGCUGCGGGUCCCACACAAGGUGGUGGCCCAGGAGGCGGACGGAUCAGUGAAGUUUGGGCAUGGGGAGGAGGCCGCUUAUCUGUUCGAUCCAGAUAUCUAUACGGACGGUCGGAUUUCAGUGCAGGGGAUCGAUAAGGUCUUGUUUCCGCCAGAGGCUGCAGAGACGUCGACGGUGCCAGUGUCGCCUGCAGAGAGGAAGGUGGUUGCGAAGCCCAGACGAGGGAAAUUGCUAGAAGUGGCUUGUAAAAUGCUGGGGGCAUUUGGGCAGGACUCUCUUCUCACCACAUGCCAAUAAGCAAAAUACCCCCUUGAAAACCAGAAGAUGUAUAAAAGAAGAAGCAGAAAAUCCUUGGAAGCGGACGUGAGAAAGUGAUUUUUUUUUUUUUUUCCAUCUGGUAAUUCUUUUUUUGUUCAAACAACCGUGGGGAAUAAUGAAAAAAAAAAAAAAAACAGAAAAUUAGGGAAUUGGCGUGUUUGAUCUGUGGGCCAUGGUGGCGUAUAGAAAUUUCUAAGAUCCCCACCGUUUAAAAAAAAGAAAAAAAAAAGAAAGAAAAGAAAACAGUGAGAGAAUCUUCCGUGUAUAAAUAAAGUGAUCAUAUCAUUUUAUUUUUUUUUGUGUAUGUUAUUGUCAACUAGUGGUAGCUGCAGCGGCUGUCUUUGUAUUAUUAUAGUUGUUUUGGUAUGGAGUCGUGACAGAGCAUUGCCUUCA